AUGUCACGACUCGAAAGCCGCACAUCGAGCCCAAAUAGCUCGAUAUGGCUUGACCUGCCCGAAAACACAUUUCGCCAACAUCUCGUGGAGCUCGAGCAGCGCACAAAUGCAGUCCCUAUUGACCCGCAAAUUUUCCCCCUGGAGCAAGACGAGCAUGCGAAGAACUACACUCUACCUCUGCGCGUCGAGCAGCAGCUAGCAGACGACCUUGCCUUUUUAGCUGCGAUAGAUGAAGGCGCCCAGAGUGUGGCUGCAGUAUGCUUGGAAGAGCAUGUGCGACCCGUGGGGCUCACAGUGCGGUUCGCGGCCCUCGACCUGGCUCUUGAUGACGGGAUCAGGGCUGCUUUGCAGGUCAUAGUCGACGCUUUGACUAUGACUGGUGCGGAGCCUGAUGAUGCAGACCGAGUCGAAUCCUUAUUCGACCAGGUUGUAAUGCUGCACUUUCGUCGACUGCUUGCUCGGCUCCGGUCCAAGAAAUGGGAGAAGCCGAAGUAUCUUUCUAAGCAGCACAAGAAACCACUUUGGCAGGACUUCGAAAAUCUGACUCACCGAGUCCAGUUCCUAUAUUCCAAGAAGGAGACUGCCUUGAGACGUACGGUGGAGGGACAUCUGCAGAUCCUCGCCUCUCACUAUGAGGCGUUCGAAGCGUCUGAGCCUGGAUCUAAGAGCGAGCUCAACUCCCUGAAGGAGCUUAUUAAGGCAAGUUAUCAAUGCUGUAAAGCAAGAGAGGUCGCCGAAUUCGCACGACGCUUGGAGAACAGCCCAAGUACAACACCGACGGCAAAGGUCGCAUCUGCCAUCAAAUGUCUCCAUCAGAUCGAGAAGAUUGCCGCGUAUUGGCGAAUUGCCGUGUCACUUGUCGACACCGUUCGCACUCAUGCAUCUUUGUUUCAGAGGCAGAUAGAGCUGGCGUUCCUGACUCCAUAUCAGAGCGUACCGACUGCGAUAGGGUAUGAGACAUGGGCAACCAGCUGCCACGUACACGCAGAAGUCCAACUGGCCGUGCACUACGACGUCGUCUUUCAAUCCUCGCUAAUACGAAACGCGAAGCACGAGUUUCCCCGCCCCCGGGUGAUCGGGACAUCGAAGUGGCUCUGCUAUCUCUGCUAUCUCUUCCUCCGCUGCCACGCGUGCUUUGUGCCAGCCAACACUCAUGGCCGACUAUACGAUCAGUGGACAGUGCCUGAUUUGACUGAGUUUGAUGACGCAGUCUGCGCCCGAUAUCGCGACAUACUGCGCAGUAUGGACGAUGAGAUUAUCAAAGAGACAGGCAACGUUGGCCCAGUGGAAGCAGGUGCAGACCUUAUAAGGUGGCGCGCUGAGCCAAUGACAAGCCGACAGAAUCUUCUGAGCGCGGACUGCAAGAUGUAA